CCCCCCCCCCAAAAAAAAGAAAGAAAGAAAUGUUAAUUUAUAACUUAGUAAAUUAAGUGAAAGUGCACCAACUCCAUGCUGCCAUGGUGGUGAAAAGGCUGGACUGGAAAUCUGUAACCCAGACAAUAUCGUCUCUGCGUCAUUGGUUCACUUACUCUGUGCUUCAGCUGUGAAAAUGUGGCCUCAGAUAGUAUCUGUUGGCAUAGACUUUUCAUUAUAAUCACGCACAGUCCAUGAUUCAGUGUCACUGGGAAACACACCUGUGGUUUGCUUUUAAAAAUAGCAUGAAUCUGCAGAUUCAAUAAAACCAUAGGAUACAUUUGUAACAGGAAAUAAUUCAUAGAAAAAUAUAUUUUUAAAGAUACACAGUUGCUCUCUUUGGUAUAACUUUUACAUAUUACUUGGUAAUUUCAUGGUGAUCUAUAACUAUAUGGCAGAUAGGUGAAAUUUUCAUAGAAAGAAUUUAAUUUCAAAAUUAUGUCAUAGUUUUGCAUGAUAGGAAGCCAGCUUUUGUUUUUCAGGAAAUUUCACAAUAUGCUCUCAUUUUAAAAGCAUACUGUUUUUCUUUAAAGUCAACCCAAACCCCAAACUCAAAAGGACAUUUUCGUUCAUGUGAUUAUUAAUAAUUAAGAAUAAUUCAUGAAAUAUGCUGCCAAUUAUUGAUCAUCACUAAGAAGCUGUUCUGAAUGUCAUAAGCCUGUAUUCUUGCAGAGCACAUAACAGGUGUUCCCACUCCCUGUGUCCUUUGUAUACACAUUCAUUCUGUAUUCAAAUCACAGAAGCAAGAGGCAGGCUAGGGUCUGUUACCUCACCGCUAAUUUCCCUGGCAAAUAAACCAGCAGCUGCUGGUCCAUGAACCAAGUUGCCACCAGGAACAGGGCACUGCAUGCAUGGGACAGGAUGCUUUCAUGGAGCCCCUCAGCAGCAUGGUUGGGGUCUUUCAGUGCAAAGUAUACCUCCUUCUCUUAGGUGCUUGCUCAGGGCUGAAAGUGGCGGUGCCAUCGCACACCGUCCAUGGCAUGAGGGGCCAUGCUCUCUACCUCCCUGUGCACUAUGGAUUCCACACUCCGGCAUCAGACAUCCAGAUCAUAUGGCUGUUUGAGAGAGCCCACACGAUGCCCAAAUACUUACUAGGCUCUGUGAACAAGUCUGUGGUUCCCGACCUGGAGUACCAACACAAAUUCACCAUGAUGCCUCCCAAUGCCUCUCUGCUCAUCAACCCACUGCAGUUCACUGAUGAAGGCAAUUACAUUGUCAAGGUCAACAUUCAGGGAAAUGGAACUCUGUCGGCUAGUCAGAAGAUUCAAGUCACCGUUGAUGAUCCUGUCACGAAACCAGUGGUGCAGACUCAGCCUUCCUCUGGGGCUGUGGAGCAUGUGGGAAACAUGACCCUGACAUGCCUCGUGGAAAGGGGCACCCGGCUGGUUUACCAGUGGCUAAAAAAUGGGAGGCCUGUUCACACCAGCUCCACCACUUCCUUUUCUCUCCAAAACAACACCCUUCAUAUUGCUCCAGUGACGAAAGAAGACAUUGGGAAUUACAGUUGCCUGGUCAAGAACCCUGUCAGUGAGAUGGAAAGUGACAUCAUUAUGCCUACCAUAUAUUAUGGACCUUACGGACUUCGAGUUAAUUCUGAUAAAGGACUAAAAGUUGGAGAAGUGUUUACUGUGGAUAUUGGAGAAGCCAUCUUGUUUGAUUGCUCUGCUGAUUCUUAUCCUCCUAACACGUACUCCUGGAUCCAGAAGACUGACAAUACUACAUAUGUCAUUAAGCAUGGGCCUCACUUAGAAGUUGCAUCAGAGAAAAUAGCCCAGAAGACAACUGACUAUAUGUGCUGUGCUUACAACAAUGUAACUGGAAGGCGAGAUGAAACUCAUUUCACAGUCAUCAUCACAUCUGUAGGAAUAGAGAAGCUUGCACAAAAAGGGAAAUCAUUGUCCCCUUUAGCAAGUAUAACUGGAAUAUCACUUUUUUUGAUUCUAUCCAUGGGUCUUCUCCUCCUAUGGAAAAAAUAUCAACCCUACAAAGUUAUAAAACAGAAACUAGAAGGCAGGCCAGAAACAGAAUACAGGAAACCUCAAACAUUUUCAGGCCAUGAAGAUGCUCUGGAUGACUUUGGAAUUUAUGAAUUUGUUGCUUUUCCAGAUGCUUCUGGUGUUCCCAGGAUGCCAACUAGGUCCACCCAAGCCUCUGAUGGUGUACCAGGGCAAGAUUUGCACAGUACAAUUUACGAAGUUAUUCAACAUAUCCCUGCCCAACAGCAAGACCAUCCAGAAUUCAAAGCUGUCUACUCCAAAGUGAACAGAACCGCAGCAAGGACUGGCCUCUCACCCAGAGAAGUAAAUCUUGAGCUGAGGCCAAAGCAAGGGAACUACUUAUCCAGUUAACCUCGGGGCUGACACCAAGGAGUCGCCUUCCCUUCCCAGUCAUAGAAAAACUAAGCCUCCAGUCUUUUGAAAUCAUAAAAUGAACUUCCCUUUUCUGUGGUCUCUAGCUGCCUGCAGGUGUAACUGCCACAAAUCAUCUUCCAUCAUUUCUUUAUUUGUCAUUUAUUGACUUUGAGAAGAACAUCAAUAACCACACACAGGAACUUCCCCUUUGGCAAAAGAAACAGUUCUAGCAAAGUAAUUCAUGCACACUUCUGGGUAACUACCAAAAAUAACAGCUAGUAGUGGCUGAGUGCAUGGGAAAUGUCGGGAGGGGAGGAUACGCAGUCCUGGGGUAGGGGGCAGGUGGAGGGAUGACUGUACAGUCAUUUAGGGCCUAAAUAAUGGCCAGAGCACCUCUGAGGACCCCAUCCGUGCAUUCCCUCUUGUCUCAGGGAGCCUGGAGAAAAGGGAGUCAGGUGAAUCAGGUGCAGACCUUACAGAGCUAACUUCUGGUUUGAAAAGAAAAGAAAAUUGCUUUAUAGCUGUUAUUAAUCUAGUAGAACACAAUAGUGGGAUAUUAUUCCAUAACAGUCAAAAAAAAUCUCUAAAAUGAUACAUACCUUCUUUACUUUCUAGAAAAUGAAGGGAUUCUUUUUCUUUGUCAAAAAUUAAGAAUAGGAAGAAUUAUGAGAGUACAUCUGCUUCCUAAUUUGUCCAAUUAAAUAAAAUUACCUUAUUUUUUCCUCUAUGUCCUUUAUCUAUAUAUCUAUUUUUAAAGUUAGACUGCAAGCAAACUAAAGGAAAACUUUUGAUUGAUCUUUUAAGACUCCCAAUCAUGAAAUAAAUGCUGAUUGUUAACCUGUGGAAUAUGGCAGCCCUAAUUUCAGAACACAAAAUAAAGUAAUUAGGAAGGGUUUGCAUGUGAAAAAAAAAGUGAUUCCCUAAAGUAAGGAAAAAAAUAACUCUCUGAAACUAGGCUGCUGUCAGUCUAUAGACUUUCUUGGAAAUAUGAAACGAUUUCAGAAGUAAACUUUGAAGGUGAUAAAUAAAGCAGAAAAGCUCUUUUUCGAGCACAUAAAGGACUAUCUACCUACUGUUGAGGGUGUGCUCCUUAAGGGCAGUCCACCCAAAAACACACACUCACACUCCCAGCCCCAGUGCCUCCCCUCCCCCAUUCCUUUGGCCUCUCUCUUCUCACCUCCUUCUCCACCUUCUGAGGGAGCUGCCCUUUGAGUGUGUCAUUGUCUCCUUUUCAUUCCAUCAGAAUCUCUUUUGCACUUGUUUUAUUUAUAAUCAAUUCACAAACAUUUCCAGGUCAUUAACCAUGUGCUGGGGAAAAAGAUUAAAUGAGCCUCAGUCUUUUAAGGACUUCAAAGCUUAGUGGGCUCCUGUCUGCUUAGUUUAGCUAAAAAUCAGUGGUCCUUAGUAGAAUAAAUAUUCCUCAGUAGAAUAAACUUUCCCUAAACAUGCAGAGACCAUUUUUCUUUGCUGAUAGCCUAUGGUUUUACUCUUUAGGUCCAAUUAAAUUCAAAGAUCAAUUUAAUAAAUAAUGCAGUAUUACAAGUGGUUAGUGAAUCUCUUCUACCCCACAUUCCCAAAGUAAAUGUGCCUGCUCUGGGUAAAGAACUAUGACUUACUGCUUUCUUUUACCUCUGUUUGACAGUUGGUUCUGAGAUAGGAAAGACAGCCAAAAUAGUUUUUCUUUGGCUCUUAGACUGUCAUGGCCGUGUUGUUUUCGUUACUCCAGGUAUCUCUUACCUAAACAAACUGCUAUUUAACAAAUUGAUAAGUUGGCCUGUGGUCAUAUUCUAGUACUUGGCCCAGUUAUUUGUUUAUUAACUUACAGCUGCAUUUAUUUAAUACUGUCUGUUGACCUCAUUAUAUGCUCUUGGCAUGGUUUGUUUUGAACCCAAGACUUGCUCACAGGACAUUCAAGUAAGUAAACCUUUUAGUUUCAAAAGGAAAUUAUCUGCAGAAUUUAGUGAUGGCUUACUCUAUACUUAAAUGUAUAAGUAUAAAUGUAAUUUGUAAGUGUAAUUUUCUUGAACUACUUCAAAACACUCAUAUUACUUGCAGCUAUGGAAAGGAAUAAAAGAAUUUAAGGUUCUUUGACUUGUGGAACUGGGAAUCUAUAGAACAAUUUACAUAUCUCCACCAGGUGAGCAUUCAUGGGCAAAGCAAUGUGUUGGAGUAAAAUCACAAAAGCACAUUUUGAGGGAAAACAGUGGAAAUGUAUAUUCAUCUGGAAUCAGUGAAGACAUCAAGCCCAAUACCUCUUACUCAUCACUCCUUUUAAUGCAGAAUAGAGUCAUUUAUAAAAAUCGGAUGGCAGAUUUUCCAGCAGACACACAAUGCAUUGUGCUACAGAGUUGAGUAAGCGUCAUGGAGAAAGCUCUCAGUGGACAGUCUUUAUCAUGCCAAUGGUAGGAAGAAAAGGACGGGACUUUCCAUUUACUUUUUUUGUAUCAAAUUUCCUACAAAGCUCAAUUAGUGCUAAUCUAUACUUUCCCUUUCAUCUGCACUGACUAUCUAACCUAUCAAUGUGGAAACCAUACAUGUUUUAAAAUUUUUAGCAGCCUUUGUUUUAUUAAAUUCUCAUAACUGUUAAGAUUGCUGUAUUUACUUUUUAUUUCAUUCCCAAGUUUCCUUCUUGCUAUUUGUACCACAGAGUAAUAAAGAUGUUUGUCACAAAAGCAAGACUGUGCCUUCUCCUAGGUUGUCAAUUACCAGUGCUGUUUUUGAAAAGACUUGUUAAAUGUCGAAGGAAAUGACUUAUUUUUAUUUUUGUUCAAGAAAAGAUUCAAAUAAAUUAUUCUCUUUCUGCUUUUA